GCGGAGAGCGGGGAGGGAGGAGGAGCAGCAGCCGCACUAGCUGAGGAUGCAGCAGCGGCGGCGGCGGCAGCAGCAGCGGCGUGGAGUCCCCUGCGUCCCGCAGCCGGGGCGGGCUGCGGCAGAGGUGGCGGCGCCCCGCGCCGGGUGAGGCCGCCGAGGCCGUGCGUCCUGGGACACCUUUCACAGCCUUCUGGAUGCAGGCCACUUCAGAGAACAUUUUGGAGAACAGGAAAGCCUGCCAGUAUUCUUAGUGACAUGCAUAUAUACUGCAUCAUCUUCCUCCACUCAUCAGUCAGUGGACUCAAUGGACUCUUGGUCUCCAUGUCUUGACUAUUAUGAAUGAUGCUGCAAUGAACAUGGGGUGAAAAUAUCUCUUCAAGAUCCGUGAGCAGAGAGGGAAGAGGGCAAAGGAACAAGUCCACCAGGCGCAGCUCCAGACUCCUGCCUCCUGCAAGAAGCGACAGAUCAACAGAAACAUAAAAUGGCCCGCCCCGGCCUCCUGCUGUGCCUGCUCUCUGUCCUCCCUCUGCUGGGUGGGAGCUCCUCCUUCCUGUCGCACCACCGCCUGAAAGGCAGGUUCCAGAGGGACCGCAGAAACAUCCGCCCCAACAUCAUCCUGGUGCUCACAGAUGACCAGGACGUCGAGCUCGGUUCCAUGCAGGUGAUGAACAAGACGCGUCGCAUCAUGGAGCAGGGCGGGGCGCACUUCGUCAACGCCUUCGUGACCACGCCCAUGUGCUGCCCCUCGAGGUCCUCCAUCCUCACCGGGAAGUACGUGCACAACCAUAACACCUACACCAACAACGAGAACUGCUCCUCGCCCUCCUGGCAGGCGCAGCACGAGAGCCGCACCUUUGCCGUGUACCUCAACAGCACUGGCUACCGGACAGCUUUCUUCGGGAAGUACCUGAAUGAGUACAACGGUUCCUACGUGCCACCGGGCUGGAAGGAGUGGGUCGGCCUCCUUAAAAACUCCCGCUUUUAUAACUACACGCUCUGUCGGAACGGGAUGAAGGAGAAGCACGGCUUUGACUAUUCCAAGGAUUACCUGACAGACCUCAUCACCAACGACAGCGUGAGCUUCUUCCGCACGUCCAAGAAGAUGUACCCACACAGGCCCGUCCUGAUGGUCAUCAGCCACGCAGCCCCCCACGGCCCCGAGGACUCGGCCCCCCAGUACUCACGCCUCUUCCCCAACGCGUCCCAGCACAUCACGCCAAGCUACAACUACGCGCCCAACCCCGACAAGCACUGGAUCAUGCGUUACACGGGGCCCAUGAAGCCCAUCCACAUGGAAUUCACCAACAUGCUCCAGCGGAAGCGCCUACAGACCCUCAUGUCCGUGGACGACUCCAUGGAGACGAUCUACAACAUGCUGGUGGAGACGGGCGAGCUGGACAACACCUACCUCGUGUACACCGCCGACCACGGCUACCACAUCGGCCAGUUCGGCCUGGUGAAGGGCAAGUCCAUGCCGUACGAGUUUGACAUCAGGGUCCCCUUCUACGUGCGAGGCCCCAACGUGGAGGCCGGCUCGCUGAACCCCCACAUCGUCCUCAACAUUGACCUGGCCCCCACCAUCCUGGACAUCGCAGGGCUGGACAUCCCCUCGGAUAUGGAUGGGAAAUCCAUCCUGAAGCUGCUGGACACGGAGAGGCCCAUGAAUCGGUUUCACUUGAAAAAGAAGAUGAGGGUCUGGCGGGACUCCUUCCUGGUAGAGAGAGGUAAGCUGCUCCACAAGAGGGACAGUGACAAGGCGGAUGCCCAGGAGAACUUCCUGCCCAAGUACCAGCGCGUGAAAGACCUGUGCCAGCGGGCCGAGUACCAGACCGCGUGCGAGCAGCUGGGACAGAAGUGGCAGUGUGUGGAGGACGCCACGGGGACGCUGAAGCUGCACAAGUGUAAGGGCCCAGCGCGGCCCGGUGGCAGCGCCCUGUCCAACCUGGUGCCCAAGUACUACGGGCAGGGCGGCGAGGCCUGCACCUGCGACAGUGGCGGGGACGACCAGCUCAGCCUGGCCGGACGCCGGAAAAAGCUCUUCAAGAAGAAGUACAAGGCCAGCUAUGCCCGUAAUCGCUCCAUCCGCUCAGUGGCCAUCGAGGUGGACGGCCAGGUGCACCAUGUAAGUCUGGAUGAGGCAUCCCAGCCCCGCAACCUUACCAAGCGGCACUGGCCAGAGGACCAAGAAGACAAGGACGGUGGGGACUUCAGUGGCACCGGAGGCCUUCCGGACUCUUCAGUCCCCAACCCCAUAAAAGUCACACAUCGGUGCUACAUCCUAGAGAACGACACGGUGCAGUGCGACCUGGACCUGUACAAGUCCCUGCAGGCCUGGAAAGACCACAAGCUGCACAUCGACCAUGAGAUCGAAACCCUGCAAAACAAAAUUAAGAACCUGAGGGAAGUCCGAGGUCACCUGAAGAAAAAGCGGCCAGAAGAAUGUGACUGUCACAAAAUCAGUUACCACACCCAGCACAAAGGCCGUCUCAAGCACAAAGGCUCCAGUCUGCAUCCUUUCAGGAAGGGGCUGCAGGAGAAAGACAAGGUGUGGCUGUUGCGGGAGCAGAAGCGCAAGAAGAAACUUCGCAAGCUGCUCAAGCGCCUGCAGAACAACGACACGUGCAGCAUGCCAGGCCUCACAUGCUUCACCCAUGACAACCAGCACUGGCAGACCGCGCCUCUCUGGACACUGGGGCCCUUCUGUGCCUGCACCAGCGCCAACAACAACACGUACUGGUGCAUGAGGACAAUCAACGAGACCCACAACUUCCUCUUCUGUGAAUUUGCAACCGGCUUCCUCGAGUACUUUGAUCUCAACACAGACCCCUACCAGCUGAUGAAUGCAGUGAAUACACUGGACAGAGAUGUCCUCAAUCAGCUACAUGUACAGCUCAUGGAGCUGAGGAGUUGCAAGGGUUACAAGCAGUGUAACCCCCGGACGCGCAACAUGGACCUGGGACUUAAAGAUGGAGGAAGCUAUGAACAAUACAGGCAGUUUCAGCGUCGAAAGUGGCCAGAAAUGAAGAGACCUUCUUCCAAAUCACUGGGACAACUGUGGGAAGGCUGGGAAGGCUAAGCAGCAUGGGAUGGACCUCCCAAACAGAGGCAUCAUCUGACCACCCAGACAAUGCAAAACCCUGUGUGAUUCCAGGCAGACUAUGCUGUUAGCCAGGAGACCUGAGAGACACAGAACUUGCUUUCAGUCAACAUGGCAAAUUCUGGAAGAGAACUACUAGGAGUAGUGCUACUUCAGGAAGUCCAUUUUUGCCCUUGCUUUUGCUUUGGAUUGUACCUCACCAGCUGCACAAAAUGCAUUUUCAUAUCAAAGUCACCACUAACCCUCUCCGAGGCUCACAAGGGAAAAAGAACAAAGAGAGAUUUUUUUUUUUUUUAAUUUCCCCAAAGGAUGAAAAGUCACUGGAAUAUUUUUUUUAAGUCACAGGGGAAGACCAACCCUAUUUUAAAUCCUCUUAUCUUUUGGUUUGUCAUGAAGAACAAACUAAGAGGCAGGACAGAGGCAACGUGCAGAUGCUGGACGGUGCAGUUGGAUAGCAAGUCAAUAGCACAAAGAAGUGACACUUACCUAGCACUAGAGCCCUGGCUGCCUCUGAAGAAACGGACUUCACUGUAAAUAUGUGGCUAUUUACAUGUAACCAGCGUGGAACUUAGGGGAUCUAAGAAGAAACCCAGUUUUGAAGCGUGGUGGUGUCAAUAAACGCUGUGGCCAGUGUGAGAGAAAAGCCCUGCAGUGUGGACAGUUCUGUUCCCAACCAGGUACCAUGGCCCCUGUUCCUGUGUGCUCUCUCCCAGAACCAAUGUUUUCUGAAGUCUUAAAAAGAAAUUAAGUUGAUGUACAAUCCCACAUUUUAAUGAAGUUGUAUUUGUAAAGAAA